AUGGCCAAGACUGCCCCAAUUUUGUCCUGGAAAGCCUGGAUUGUGAUUCACGUGUCCCGUCUGUUUGUCUGUGUGGUAACCCUGGAGGACAAGUCGAUCGAGCUGCUGGAUGUGGACCCGCAGGAGACGGAGGAAUACGAGGCGGCGGUGGUGGUGCUGGACUCCCAGCGGAAGGGCAAGCGCGCCGUCAUCAAGACUUCAACGCGGCAGACGCACUUUUUGCCCGUGAUUGGCCUGGUUGAUCUGGAGAAGCUAAAAACGGGCGAUUUGGUGGGCGGCGUGAACAAGGAUUCGUAUCUUAUCCUAGAGACACUUCCGGAUGAGUACAACGCGCGCGUCAAGGCGAUGGAGGUGGACGAACGGACCACCGAGCAGUACAAGGACAUUGGGAAUACGCAAACAAAAUCGACCUUCCUGAAGUUGGCCGGCCCGCAGCUGGUGCAAAUGUUCAUCGGAGACAGUGCCAAGCUCGUACGGGACGCGUUCGCACUGGCCAAGGAAAAGUCGCCGCCGAUUACUUCCUGCACGCGUCUACGCUGCAGACGCAUCUAG